UUGCUGGAUUUUGGUUGGUUUUUAUGUGAAUGGGCUUAAAGAAACAUUAACAUCUUUUUUUCCACCAAAAAAUGUUCAGAGAUUUCCCUAAAACGUUGAAAAUGUGGACAUCAGAAGUUUCACUGUGAAAAUAUAUAUAUUUUUUCCACAUUUUCGAACUUGACCCACAGGACGACACGAGAGUUAAGACCCUAUCAAAAAUCUAUAUGAUGUAAUUUUACUUAAAGUUAGACCACUUCCUCUUUUUAUAUUUCUGCUUCGCUCAGCUUCCCCGAGGUUUCAACUCACCAGUGCAGACGUAGAGAGGACAUGAACUUCCUCUCAUGCCUUUUAUGAGCUUCAUGAUUUUCCCUUGUCUUGCCGCUUUCCAGAGGAUUACUGUACUCAUAACUUCAGUUGACAUGUUAGGUCCCCCAAUCUUACCUUUGUCAACUCUUAAAUUUGAUUCGUCUUAAUUUUAUCAUUUGUUCAAUCACAAAAUGCCACAACACAUCUUCUUGUCUUUCUUUUAGGCACCUAUGAGUGGAGCUGCGUGAGCGGGCAGCAGUCAGCCCCGUGAGCUGGAUGUCUGUGACAGAUCCAUGGGCCAGAAGGACCAUGUGGAGGCAGGAGCAGGCCAUAUCCUCGACCUGGAGCUGGAUCUGGAGUAUCUCCACGUAGUGGGGGCUGACCGGCAGGCUGGCGGCGCUGACGGAGCCCCUGCUAUGGAGGAGCAGGGGGAGAGCUCCGGCAACACCAGCACAGCCCAUUCCCCUCCACCGGCAGCGUUAGAGGAAAGCGCCGGUUCUGACGCAGAGUCUAAGUCUGCUCCGCCUCCCGGCUCCGUCCUCGACUCGGAUGGAGGUGAAGGAGGGUCCGCUCACAGCAAGAACACCCACCAGCCGCUCUGUCGAACCCAGUGCGUGGACCUGGGCACCGACGGGCCUCCUGAGCUUCCAUCUGAACUUUCAGCAGAGCUCGAACAUGACAUGCCAGCUCAGUCCGAAUGUGAGCCUCCACCCGACCCCUCCACAGCAGAACCAGCCUCCGAGGUUGGCAGUAAGGAGUACCAGGCGAAGCUGGAGUUCGCCCUGAAGCUCGGCUACUCUGAGGAGACGGUGCGACUGGUCCUGUCCAAGCUCGGCCCCGACACCCUGAUCAAUGACAUACUGGGAGAGCUGGUCAAACUGGGCACCAAGUCAGACGGCGAACAGCAGCCCGGAUCUUUAGCUUCUACCUCGUCCUCCUCAUCUUCCUCAUCCUCUUGCGGUUGUUCAGAUUUGCUGGACGGUCAGCGGUCGGACUCGCCCUGUCCUUCAGAGUCUGCGUGUGACCAGGACAACCUGCGGCCAAUCGUGGUAGACGGCAGUAACGUCGCCAUGAGUCAUGGCAACAAGGAAGUGUUUUCCUGUCAGGGCAUCCAGCUGGCUGUUGAUUGGUUCGUAGAGCGUGGUCAUCAUGACAUCACAGUUUUUGUUCCUGCGUGGAGGAAGGAGCAGUCGCGCCCCGACGCCCCGAUAACAGAUCAGGAGAUCUUGCGUCGCCUUGAAAAGGAAAAAAUCCUCGUCUUCACUCCUUCACGGCGCGUCCAAGGUCGCCGCGUGGUCUGUUAUGACGACCGCUUCAUUGUCAAGCUGGCCUAUGAGUCAGACGGCAUCAUCGUCUCCAAUGACAACUACAGAGACCUGGCUAAUGAGAAGCCAGAGUGGAAGAAAUUCAUAGACGAGCGGCUGCUCAUGUAUUCCUUUGUCAACGACAAGUUCAUGCCACCAGAUGAUCCUCUCGGUCGUCAUGGCCCCAGUCUGGACAACUUCCUGAGGAAAAGACCUGUCAUGCCUGAGCAGAAGAAACAGCCUUGUCCAUACGGAAAGAAGUGCACUUACGGCCACAAGUGUAAGUACUACCACCCAGAGCGAGGCGCCCAGCCCCAGCGUGCCGUCGCCGAUGAGCUCAGAGCCAGCGCCAAGACCUGCGUCACCUCAAAGAACCAGGGGGACGCGGGGCUGGUGAAGAGCCACAGCGUUCCGGCCGGCAGCAUCGAGGUGAAGAAAGGCGCCCCCAAGAGGCAGUCGGACCCCAGCAUCAGAGCUCUGUCCUACAGUGAUGCUGAGGAGAAGCUGCUGGCUAAAGGGCGGGCGGAGAGCCAGAAGAGCGCUCUGUGUGGAGGCAGCACGAGUAGCAGUUCCAACAGUGGGAGUAUAACCAUGUCUCCGGCCCCUGGAGGGCCCCCGUCUGGGCUGAGCCUUCCACAGGACCAGCAGUCCAGAGCGGUGACCCCUCAUGGUGUCCUCCCAGCCCCCAGUCAUGACCUCUACCCUCACUGUGAGUCUCCAGACCUGAGCUACUACUCGGUAACUCGUGCCUACUCUGGCCUGAGCCUCUCUUCCAGACGGAGUCCAGACUGUCGCUUCCCGAACGACUCCGACCUGCGUUUAGGCUCCAUGGGCUCAGCCGGCUCCGAGUGCGGCAGCGAGAGCAGCGUCAGUUGCGGCAGCAGCUGCGACUCUUACAGCGAGCGGUCGUGUCCUGGAUGCCCUCCGGAUACCUUACUGGAGGACAGCGUCCAUUUUGCCUCCCCCCACGGCCGGCUCUAUUCUCACCACGCCACGUCCAACCAUGAGCUGUGCGGCCUCCAUCCUGCUGAGUACUCCAGCAUCCCACACAGCCACACAUCUAAUCCAGGAGUCCACAGCUACCACCUGAGUGCAGCACGGAGCUGUUCUCAUGAUCAGCCUCCACCAGAAGCUCCUCCAAAGCGCCCCCUCUACCCCCUGCCCCCUCACCUCCAACACCAGCCCCUCGCCGCCCGCUCCAGCUGCCCAGGCGACUACCACUCCCUGCCCCAGUCCAACCCUCACCCCCCCGGCUCUCCUCUGGGCCGCUGUCUGGCCCCCACACGGGCAGAGAGUGUCUCAGACUCACACCUGUACGAACACCUGUCUGCGUCGCACCACCACCACCGGCCCAAAGCGCUGCCCAGCUGGGACUCGUACUACAGGCAGCCGCUGCCUCCGUCCAGGUACGAGCCGUCCACCUAUCAGAGCCUUCCAGACACCCGGCAGUCCUCCUGGCACACCCCCCCCUGGGCUCAGGACGGCUACACCCAGCACCACUCCUCCCAUCCAGCCCUCCACCCGUCGCCCACGCACUACCUGAGCCACCCGCCGCCCCCGGCCCACUCUCCCCACCCGCCUCACCCGUCCAGCGCCCCUCUCCUGCCUUACCCUCCUCCUCACAGCUCCCACCUCGCAGUGCCCUCCCACCCUCCACCUCCCUCCUACCUGUCGCAGCACACGGAUUCCCCCGCGCACGGUCGCUAUGGCGACGUGAGGGAGAAAGUGUACAUCAACCUGUGCAACAUCUUCCCCCCGGAGCUGGUGAGUCGGGUGAUGUCCAGAAGCCCCCACAUCACCGACCCCCAGCAGCUGGCAGCCGCCAUCCUGGCAGAGAAAGCGCAGACCGGAUACUGAGGAGUCAGAAAACACAAACUGUAAGUGGUCUGCAUCAGCGACACUUGGGGUUUGGAGAGCUUUUUCCUUUCUUGUGACAUUAAUGAGACAAUGCAUGAGAUUGAAGGACAUAAAACGCUGAAGAUAAUCCAGCUCUGGUCACUGCGCAGCAACAACUAAACCAACUUUAACAGGUGUAGAGAGAGCGAGUCACUGGACGGAAUCUGGCUUUGAAUCAAAGUGCAACGUGUGGUGAUUGUUCCAGACCUACUCGAUUCUUAUUUUUAUUUAUGAAGUAGCUUGAUUUGUCUUUCAUAUGCAGGACGAGUUAUGCAUUAAAUUCAAAAGGCACUUUUUUAAGUUUCACAGCCAAAUCCUCACACGGUGAGCUGGAAUCACACGACUACUGAAAGUAACCGGGUUUCUGCAGGGCACUAAAAAGCAGUAAAUUGAUUUUAUGACAAGUAAGGCCUUAAAUGGCAUUAAAAAUCAUUCCAUUUGAUUCUCAGCGGCAUUAAAAAAUAUUUCUGCCGCUUUCAAGAAAAAUAUUUGUUAAUAAUAAUGUAAUAAUAUAUAAUUAUAGACUGCGAUUGGUCACAUCUGUGAUAUUGUUCCUAUGUCUGGGGGGGGAUGAAAAAUUCAGCAAAACAAUUCCCCAAAUUUGUUUAAAAAAUUGCAAAAUCUUCUGGAUGAAAAUUCUUUAAAAGUUUCCCUUAAAAGGUUUAUUUUACAAAAAAAUAAAAAAUAAAUAAAAAUCCCCAAAUCUGGCAAGAAAUAAAAAGCUAAAUAAAAAUACAAAAAUUGUAAAUAUUUUCAAAAAAUGAAUAAAAUUCUUCAAAAAAACUAAAAAUAUCUAAAUUGAUUACAUAUAUAUCAGUAAAAUUUCUAAUGUUUUUAUAUAGAAAUAAUAUAAUAUAAUAGAAAUAUUUUGUAAACAUUUCUUUAUGUCCACUAAAAAAUGUUAAAAAAUUUCCCCCAAAUUUUUGAAAAUGUGGUAGUCACUGUGAAAAUAUAGUUAUUUUCCCCAAAUUUUUAAACUUUAAAACGGCUCAAUUAGACCCACAGGAAAACUUAAAACAAGAUAAUUUCAAGAUUGUUUGACUUAACAAGAUAUUUAAGAUGCAUUGUCUUAAAACAAGUCCCUCCAUCUUGCUGAAAUGUCACCUGUUAAGUGAAUUUAUCUUAAAUGAAGUGGGAUGAGACACUUAGACCAAAAGUAAGACUAAUAGACUUGGUAAGAUGUUGAAUUUUUGCAGUGCGGUUGGGUACAGUUGCCAAAAACUGCAUGUUUGGAAAGUGGAGGAGAACUGGGAAAUAGGGAUCCAGCAAAAACAGCUGGAAAACUUGGAAUUCAGAGAAUGACUGCAGCCUGUGGGUGGUCGGGGGUUUUUUUUCAUAUAAAAAUCAUCUUUUACAAAAAACAAACCCGUGUAAUUUGUUGAGUUCACGGUCAUGACACCAAAAAGCAUCAAAUGUACCUCACUGAGUCCUGCAGAAACCCUGAUUACAGAUUAUUUAACAACUACCACUACCUUUAUGAUGUGAUUACACACCAGGACACUUACUCGUCAAAAACAAUCCUCGUCUCUGAUUUUUAUUUUGUAUUUUUUGACAAAUCCUCAUUUUAAUUACCACAUGCCAGUUUGAAGCUACUUCCUGAUCGAGGCCUGGUUCCUCUGUGAAUCUCUUUGUGUGUGUUUUGUGGCUGUUUGUGGUAAAAACAGGUGUUGGACAGACGGUCGUCUUAUUUGAGACGGCGUCGGUGUUUUGGUCAGAGUUGUAGCUGUAGAGAUGGGUGACCCUGUCGUGUGUACCUUAGUUUUAGUAAGGGACAUCUCUCUCUCUCUCUUUCUCUCUGGCCCUUUAUUUUGGGUCAACUCUGGAAUCUGCUACAGACGGGAAACAUCUGGCCAUCCAAACGUGUCCGUGUUGUAAAUAUAUUUAACAGACUUUGGCCGACAGCGUCUACCGGUGUCUGUAGCAGAUCCCAGCUGAAUCCAUGCUAGACAGAGAAAAACCUUGUUUGAUACAAAUUGUAUCAUUAACUAAGUCGCUGAUGUUAUAUCCAGUCCAUGGACUCGUUGAUCCGUAUCUAUCCAACACUCUUGAUGUAUUGCUAUAUGAUGAAGUGCGUUGACCACAGUUCCGUUCCAAUCCAGAUGUUCCAACUUUUAAUCUUGUGGAAAAAGCUUUGAGACAAUUAUUUCAACGACGUUAUCAACGGAAGGAGUGGCGUGCCUACUAUGUUUAGGUGCCACAACUCCUUCACCUGUGCUUUUGGGUUUGAAGCUGGCUUAUUUUUUCCACAAGAGCGCCCAUCAAAUCGUGCCAGAAAGGUGCUCCAGUUUCCUGGCUAACUGCUCAUUUGAAAACAGGGGUUGGUUCAUCUUAAGUUUCUUUUUUAGCGUCUUUGCUACAUCGGGAAGACGAAAAUAUUCCUUUAAGAAACUGUAAAACCACACUGGAAAUAAUAGAGGAGUGAUGUUUUGUCAUUGAAGUUUCUAUUAUUUCACAAUUUGAGUGGACAGACCCCAACAAAGUUUUAUAUUUGGGUCAGUAUGAAAUCCCGUGGCGGCCAUUUUGAAAGUCACUGUACUGAAGCUCUACCUGGAAUACUAAAAACACAUAAAGAUGCAGUUUUUACAGCCACUUUCAGCAACUAAACAACAUUUGAAAUGAAGUCUCAUGCAUGGAUUUUGGCGUCCCAGUGCUUCUAAGUUUAUUAAUUUGGGCAAAUAGGAGAAAAUUCUGUUUAAACUGGUGGAUGUUAAGCUAACCUGCUAGCUGCUUUCCUUUAGGCAAACCUGUCACUUUUCUUUAACCCUUUGAUGCACAGCAAGAGUCAAAUGUGACCCAAAUCCAAUGGAAAAUGGAUAUCUAGUGACCCACACUGCGUAUCAAAGGGUUAAGAAAUAAAAUACUGAGACUUUUUUAGCCUCAGGAUGUUAGCAUCACAAUACAGAAAUAGAUUAACUACCUGAGCACUUAUUAGGCGAAUGCUGACGUUUCCUUGUCGUAUUACACACCAGAUUUGUUCAAAAAUUCCACGUCUGUCAGUAGGAUGCAACGUUAAAAUGUUAAUAAACUUUCCAGCUUCCAUAUUUAGAUUUAAUCGCCAAUGAAAGAGGAAUUAUCGUUGCUCUGCUUCUGAAUAUUGGUGGACGGUUAGGGGGCUUUUUCAGGAGAUCAAUAGCUGAUAUUCUGAACAAAUACACAUUUUCAUUAAUGUAACAAUGAAAAUUUAGAAUAUAAUUAACUAAAAUGCCUCAGUUAGGUUACAUUUUACAUGUUUAGUUAACCUUCGUCUUGUCCUCAUUUAUGGGCCCCAAAAAUAUUGUUUCCUUGUCUGAAAAAAAAAUCCAAAAAUUCAGCAAAAAAUUUCUCCAUAUUUCUGAAAAUUUGCAAAACCUUCAGGAAGAAAAAUUUCAGUAAUUCCUUAAAAAUUUUCCUUAAAAGUUAAAAAAAAUUGGCAAGAAAAUAUUUUUAAAAAUGAGUAAAAAUCUUCCAAAAAAAUCCUAAAAAUAUCUAAAGGGAUUCCAUAUAUAUAUAUAUAUCAGUAAAACUUCUAAUAUUCUCUUUAAGAACAUUCACAAAAAAAUCAAUAUAUUACUAAAAAUAUUCUUAAAAAAAUUAACCUCUUUUUUCCACCAAAAAAUGUUCAAACAUUUCCCAAAAAUGUUGAAAAUGUGGACAUCAGAAGUUUCACUGUGAAAAUAUAUAUUUUUUUCACAUUUUUCAAACUUUAAAACGAGUCAGUUUUGACCCGCAGGACGACACGAGGAUUAAAAAAAAGGCUUCUCAAUAUUUAUCAUCGUGUAACCAAUCAGACAGCUGCAUCAGAGUUAAGGUUUCUUUUAAGUUGCUUUUUUUUAAAAACGGGAAUCGAUUCUAAAAAACACAAAUAAUCCGUGAACUCUCAGGUAGAGCCCUGAAGUGUUGAGUUCAAAAUGGCAACCAAGGAAAUAAAAAGUGAGCUCAACAUACGAUUCAUGACGAGCCAGCUACGUUUAGCCCAGCGGUUUCUUUCCUGUCCGACGUGUCGCAUUGUACGGAUAGCUGUACAAUGACACGUGCUAGCGAUGAGAGAGAACCUUUGUGUAUUGAAGAAGCGCCUUCUCUCCGGCCUCCUGGCACCGUGUGUCAGCGUGGCAGCCGAGCGUGGGCCCAAAGUAAUGCCUCUUCAUGGCAUUGUGCUUAUGACACAUCCAAUACUCUGAACUAUGUUCAGCUAACUGUUAUGCAUGUUUUUUUUUUAUUUGUUUUUGUUUCUGCAUGUGUUGGCUUUGUGCUGCAUAUUCUGUCCUGGAAGCUUCUCUUGCUGUUACUGUGACAUGAUGCUAGACUAACCGUGCACAACGCUGGCUCGUUUUUUCUGCUUGUAAAUCUUUCUCGGUAUUGAUUCCAGUGCAGCGCUCUUCUUUGAUGCUGUAAACCUGAGUGGGAAUGCUACGACGCUCGGUGUUUACUUCAAGGGAUCAAGAAGGCCGUUAAGGAAAGUAUCUCCCUUUAUAAGCGCGCUCAGCUGAAUUAUGGGCUGUAGAUGUAAUAACGCUGUAAUGGCUGCUCUGCUCUAAUGGAAUGAAAAUCUACUGUUUCACACGAUCUUUACAUUUUGCCGGUAGAAUAACAGUGUAACUAAUUAAAUACUGUAACUGUGAUUGUUCAUUAAAAAGACUACUGCUAAAAUUAGAA